AUGUAUCCACUGCCGCCUCCCCCACCAACGCCAAGUCCGCCACUGCCUCAACAGUUCAAACAGAUCGAUGUCAAGAGGGAAGCUGCAGAUCAACAUCUAUUGCCACCAGAACUCCCCAUCAGCAGCAAGAGACAAUUUGGAGGAUAUUCUAAGCUGCAGAACUCUCACCGGACAAAUCCAAUAAUCUGGUGUCUUGCAAUCUUCUGCAUGAUAUUCAGCAUUUUGCUCAUCUUGUUUGGGAUUGCAACUUUGAUCAUCUUUGUUGGCCUAAAGCCUAGAACGCCCCUAUUCGACACCCCCGGUGCAAGCCUGACGGUAGUCUACAUCGACUCUGCCGAAUCUGCGCAGUUUCUAAACAGCGAUUUUACAUUCAUGGCCAACUUCUCCAACCCCAACCGAAAGCUCGACAUCACGUUCGAGUAUCUAAAGUUCGAGCUCUACUCUUUUGAUACACUGAUAGCAGCUCAAGUUCUUGAACCUUUCACUCAAGCACGAAGACAGACACGGUUGGUAACAAUCCAGAUGAUAUCAAGCUUGGUUUACUUCCCACCAAAUCACGCUGUUGAGCUGCAGAAACAGAUGCCAAUUAGAGCUCACAAGCCCACCCACCGGGGUCUUGGUAGCUCAUAG